GGACACUCACUACCAUGGUAACAGGAAGUCUGGUCACCGCGGGAGAGGGGGAUCCUGCACUCAUAUACCGCCCCCUAUAUCACUAAUCAUCCCCCAUACACACAGCUGGGAACCCCAGGCCGGAGCCCUCUGCAGCGGUACACCUCCGGAGCCCGGGACACGCCACUUCCGACUGUGCGUUCCACCCUACUUCCGCGUCCCACUCACUUCCGGUCCGUGCGGCCCACCACUCAUUCAUCCUGUGCGUUCCACUCCACUUCCGCGUACACCUCACAUCCGGCCUAAUCCCCGCCUCCUGUGCUCCAUAACACCCAGGUCUCUAGGUGGGAAGGAGCAGAGAGGAGACAUCAGGCACUGAAGCUGUGAAGAAACAGAGGCUUCAGUUGUACCAUCUGUAUUGUCACUGAUUCUUUGAGAAUGGACAUAGACAGACAUCAGAAGAUGGAGAGGAUAGUACAUCUUUCUCUAGAGAUCAUCUACCUGCUGACUGGGGAGGAUUACAUGUUAGUGAAGAAGACAUUCGGUGAGUGUGAGACACCCAGCAGCCCUCCCCGUGUGUCAGGAGGACUGAGUAGGACCCAGAUCCCUAUCAUGGUUCCUCCACCUCACUCACUGAUACAGGAGAGACACAAUGACCAGAAGAUCCUGGAACUCACCAACAAGAUCAUUCAGCCGCUGACUGGAAAGGAGGGGGAGUAUAUAGAGGAACACAGGGGUCUGUACAAGGACGUGAUGAUGGAGAAUCACCAGCCCCUCACAUCACUGGAUGGUCGCAGUAACAGAGAUACCCCAGAGAGAUGUACCCAUCCUCUGUAUUCCCAGGAUUGUACAGAGAAUCACAGGAUCCCACAGGAGGAUCAGGUUGAAAAGUUGACUCACAUUAAGUCAGAAGAUACAGAGAGAGAAGAAGAGACGUAUGUGACUGAUAUGAAGGCAGAAGAUAUAGAGGGAGAAGAAGAAGAGACGUAUGUGACUGAUAUGAAGGCAGAAGAUAUAGAGGGAGAAGAAGAAGAGACGUAUGUGACUGAUAUGAAGGCAGAAGAUAUAGAGGGAGAAGAAGAGACGUAUGUGACUGAUAUGAAGGCAGAAGAUAUGAAGGGAGAAGAAGAGACGUAUGUGAGGGGUGAUCAGCAGUGUAAGGAGGAGGAGAUCCCUACAGAUAUCAGCACAGAUGGAUGUAACCUCAGGAAUGUCUUGGAGGAACAUCUUGUUUUAUUUCCAGAUGGUAAAAUAGAAAAUGACGUUACUCAAGUUUCUCCAGAAGAAAACCUUAUUACCCCAGUUAUUCAUCCAGCAUUUCAUAGUGUAUAUGUGUCAUCUGAUCCCUCUUAUCAUCGGGAAUGUGCUGAUAAUGCUGAUAUUUGUAGAUCUGUUACAUCUCUUACGGUAGAUGCAGUGUUACAUUGUUCUAUAGAUGCCAAAUGUUUUACACCGAACACAAAGCUGAUAAACCAUCAGCCAGCUAAGGCAGAAGAGAGUCCAUUUCCAUGUUCUGAGUGUGGAAAAUGUUUUACACUCAAAUCAGUUCUUGUUGCACAUGAGAGAAGUCACACAGGUGAGAGGCCAUUUCCAUGUUCUGAGUGUGGGAAAUGUUUUGCACACAAAUCAAAUCUUGUUGCACAUGAGAGAAGUCACACAGGUGGGAAACUAUUUCCAUGUCCUGAGUGUGGGAAAUAUUUUACGCAGAAAUCAACUCUCACUAUACAUAUGAUAAGUCACACAGGGGAGAGGCCCUUUCCAUGCUCUGAGUGUGGGAAAUGUUUUACACAAAAAUCAACUCUUGUUAGACAUCAGAGACAGCACACAGGGGAGGAAAAAUGUCCAUGCUCUGAGUGUGGGAAAUGUUUCCCACACAAAUCAGCUCUUGUUGUACAUAAGAGAAAUCACACAGGUGAGAAGCCAUUUCCAUGUCCUGAGUGUGGAAAAUGUUUUACACAGAAAUCAACUCUUGUUAUACAUGAGAGAAUGCACACAGGUGAGAAACCAUUUCCAUGCACUGAGUGUGGGAAAUGUUUUACACACAAAUCGCAUCUUGUUUCACAUCAGAGAACUCACACAGGUGAGAAACCAUUUUCAUGUCCUGAGUGUGGGAAAUGUUUUACAUACAAAUCACAUCUUGUUACACAUCAGAGAAAACACACUGGUGAGAAGCCAUUUCCAUGUUCUGAGUGUGGGAAAUGUUUUAUACACAAACGAGCUCUUGUUGCACAUCAGAGAAAACACACAGGUCAAAAGCCAUUUCCAUGUUCUGAGUGUGGGAAAUAUUUUAUGCACAGAUCAGAUGUUGUUAGACAUCAGAGAAAUCACACAGGUGAGAAGCAAUUUCUAUGCUCUGAGUGUGGGAAAUGUUUUACACACAAAUCGCAUCUUGUUACACAUGAGAGAACUCACACAGGUGAGAAACCAUUUUCAUGUCCUGAGUGUGGGAAAUGUUUUACACACAAAUCAAAUCUUGUUACACAUGAGAGAAGUCACACAGGUGAGAAGCCAUUUGCAUGCUCUAAGUGCGGGAAAUGUUUUUCACACAAAUCACAUCUUGUUGUACAUCAGAGACUUCACACAGGUUAGAAACCAUUUCCAUGUUCUUAGUUUGGGAAAUGUUUUACGCAGAAAUUUGAUCAUUGUUAACCAUCAAAGAAAUCAGAUUGAUGAAAAAACA